AUGAGCGAGGUUCGAAUCCUCCUGGCUGAAGUCUUGUGGCUUAGGGCAGUUCUGCCUCAAAGUAGCUGCAUGUUAGACAGGGGAAGCUCGCCGAACAGAGAGGCGAAGCGCCUGCUGAAAAUCUCAGAUGGCAUCCAUCAGUUGCUGCACAGGGCAUCAAAGAAGUCGGCUGUGCCCCACACCAGGAAGCGUAUGACGCAAGCCAUGGAGAAGGUCAUUCAGCGGUUGGCCACUCUUGCGUAG